AUGCCCCAUCGACGUGUAGCUGCAAGCUCAAAACUUACUCCUUCGAUGCCCUUGAAGAUGAAUGCGGAGAGUUGUCCCAACAGUUUCCUAAAUGGUGCCGAGCCCAGGGAGAGAGAUAUUUUGAAGAGCAGAAGGAAUCGCAGACUCGAGAGCUCGCCAAUAAGAGACUCAUUUCAUAUGGAUAAACCUACCACGGCAGCGCCAGUCAACAUGUCAGCGACACAAUCGGCUUCCAACACCGCAGACUUUUACUCAAAGCUAAAAGGCACUCCACAAUCAUCAUCGGAGCGGGUAAAAAAUUACUGCCAACCUAACGAAAGCAUGCUCCAACAAUACACGUUGAUGACUUAUUCCAGUGGACCCAUGAUGAGCUCUUUAUACCCGAAUUACAACGUUAGCGUACCUUAUCUACCGUCACGAUACUCCCCAUAUUUUCUGCAAAGCAAAGUCAAUGGUUCCCCAGUACAAGCUCUUCCCAAGGAGAAAAACAAUCAGUCAACAACGUACCAUGGUCAGAGUUUUCCAGCUUUUUUCAACCCCAGGACAGCAAGCAACAUGCCGCACAAGGAAAAGGUGAAUAACUGGAUCGAAAACAUACCAAUUUUCGAGAUCGAAGGCGGAACGUGGGAAUCAAACUGCUACGACAGUAACUACUCCAUGAACUGGGAAGAGAACGAAUUUGACGAUUCUUCCAAAAUGAACAACAUCUCUUUCAUCACUCACGAUGAAUUAUUAUUUCUACAAGGAAAAAAAUUCGAAUCGCUCGUCCGAAAAUUGUAUAAAUCGGAAUACGAAUCCAGAAACUCUCGAAACGACCCACUGCUGGAUAAUCCGACUCUAACAGACUUUAUUUAG